CUAAUAUUGAAGUAUGAUAGUUAUGGUACAAUAGCUUUAAGUCCUGGUUGCGCACUCCUGCGCUCCCCUACUCUCUCGCUCCUCCCUGCAAGGGGAGAAUUCUAAAGAAAUAGAUAGGAUUUUUUUUUCUUUAAAUUAUUAAUAGUUCCUUAUCUUUAAAUUUAAAUUAGAAGAAGUAGAAAAGGGAUAGAAUAUUUUCCAUAGAGUUCGUGAAUCGAUUUAUUAUUACUUAUAUUUCAUUUUGUGGGCAUUUUCGGUUUCUACUUUCUAGGGUUGUUGAGCGUUUCUGGUCGUUGAAAUUCUAGGUUUCGAAGCAGAAGAGAUCUAUGGCUUUACAAGGGCAGGGAAUCGAUCCUGCUGUUCUUGACGAUAUCAUUAAUCGGCUUCUAGAGGUCCGAUCUGUCAGACCCGGAAAGCAAGUUCAGCUCUCAGAGGCCGAGAUCCGCCAGCUUUGUUCUGCUUCCAGAGAAGUCUUCCUCCUGCAACCCAAUCUCUUAGAGCUUGAAGCCCCGAUAAAGAUAUGUGGUGACAUUCAUGGGCAAUAUGGUGACCUCUUAAGGCUUUUCGAGUAUGGGGGCUUACCUCCCCAAGCCAAUUAUUUAUUCUUAGGCGAUUAUGUGGAUCGUGGGAGACAAAGUUUGGAAACUAUAUGCCUCUUGCUUGCUUAUAAAAUAAAAUACCCUGAAAACUUUUUUCUUUUAAGGGGAAAUCAUGAAUGUGCUUCUAUCAAUCGGAUAUAUGGAUUUUAUGAUGAAUGCAAACGGCGGUUUAAUGUGAGACUUUGGAAAGCCUUCACAGAUUGUUUCAACUGCCUCCCUGUGGCAGCUCUUAUAGAUGACAAGAUAUUAUGCAUGCAUGGUGGCCUGUCCCCUGAUUUGACAAACUUGGAGCAAAUAAAAAACUUAACAAGGCCAACUGAUGUUCCGGAUACUGGUUUGCUUUGUGAUUUACUCUGGUCUGAUCCAGGUAGAGAAGUUAAGGGCUGGGGAAUGAACGACAGAGGAGUUUCAUACACCUUUGGCACUGAUAAAGUGGCAGAAUUCUUAAUGAAGCAUGAUCUAGACCUUGUCUGCCGUGCCCAUCAGGUUGUGGAAGAUGGCUAUGAAUUCUUUGCUGAUAGACAACUUGUUACAAUAUUCUCAGCCCCAAAUUACUGUGGUGAAUUUGAUAAUGCUGGUGCAAUGAUGAGUGUGGAUGAAAGUUUAAUGUGCUCCUUCCAAAUUCUAAAGCCUGCCGAGAGGAAAACAAAAUUCAUUAUGUCUACAAAAAUCUGAUUUCACUUAUGAAGUCUUGGCACUUCCUAGCAUUGGAAAGCUAGUCAUCCUCCUCUGUAACCUUUGGACAAGAUGGUGAAGGUUAAGGAAAUACAAACGUGGUACAUCGGUGUUGCCUCAUCUAACAGGUAUUAUUUCUGUGGAGGUGUUAUUAUAGGGGAGUUUCAAGAAACUGUUGUGUGGCAUGGUCAAAGGUGGGUGGGUAUUUCUUUGCCAGUGCCUUUUCCUUCUGUAUGGAGAACUGUGUUACCCAAGUACACAAGUCUCACGUGGCUAUGGUUGUAUGUUGUGGAUGCCACCAAAAGAUGCUUGUGUCAACUCCCUGAAGCAGUAGUGUCUUUCUAUGAUUGGGCCCAGAAAUAACACUUAUAAAGAAAUCUCAUUUUGCUGGAUCGAAUUCAAGUGACAGUGGCCAUUGGAUCACAAAACCACAUUGGUUGAGCUGCUUUUGCUAUUCCAAUUUCUUCGAGUAACACCGGCAGCAUCUCGAGUGGAUGGUAUCACAAUUAACGGUCAGGAACAUUCAGUUUCAUUAGCUUUUAAAUUAGGUAUUAUUAUUACUUGGCGAAAUCGUUGGCAGAAGUGCAAUAUGCUUGUGGUUUUCCCCUGUUAUGAGUACAUUCUCCAACUUGACAUAGGCUGGUUUUUUUUCUGUUUUUUUGUUUUUUUUUUUGUGACUGCAAUUGCGAUUCUCCACUGCUCUCCAUUGUUGUGCCUUUUUAACCCCCAUCAGCAACCUUCCCUUUUCUUCUCAUACAUACAAUAUUUGUUUGAAUUCAGUUUUCGUUCAUCAUAGUUUGGGGUAGUAGUGAUA